UUCGCGCUGGGAAGCAGGGUCAAAGGUCGUCGGGACUGAAGGCGUUCUUGCCGCUGGUCCUGCAGCUAUGUAGUGGAGGGACAAGUUCCCUUCCGUAAAGUCUGGAAGGUUCUUGGGCUCCUCUAGGGCGCUAGCCACAGGACUGCUAGUCGCCAGCUUCGGGUCCCUGCUGGCUGAGCGGAGCCGCCGCCAUGUUUGGCUGCUUGGUGGCGGGGAGGCUGGUACAGACAGCUGCACAGCAAGUGGCAGAGGAUAAAUUUGUUUUUGACUUGCCUGAUUAUGAAAAUAUCAACCAUGUUGUGGUUUUUAUGCUCGGAACGAUUCCAUUUCCUGAGGGAAUGGGAGGAUCUGUCUACUUUUCCUAUCCUGAUUCAAAUGGAAUGCCAGUAUGGCAACUUCUAGGAUUUGUCACGAAUGGUAAACCAAGUGCCAUCUUCAAAAUUUCAGGUCUUAAAUCUGGAGAAGGAAGCCAACAUCCGUUUGGAGCCAUGAAUAUUGUCCGAACUCCAACUGUUGCUCAGAUAGGAAUUUCAGUGGAAUCACUGGACAGUAUGGCUCAGCAGACUCCUGUAGGCAAUGCUGCUGUAUCGUCAGUUGACUCUUUCACUCAGUUCACACAAAAGAUGUUGGACAACUUCUACAAUUUUGCUUCAUCAUUUGCUGUCUCUCAGGCCCAGAUGACACCGAGUCCAUCUGAAAUGUUCAUUCCAGCAAAUGUGGUUCUGAAAUGGUAUGAAAACUUUCAAAGACGACUAGCACAGAACCCUCUCUUUUGGAAAACAUAAUUUGAAUAAAAUGAUUUUUAAUGGAUUUUGAAAUUUGUCAUGAUUUGAAGAUACACAACAAUAGACAAUUUAAAAGCAUGAAGUCAAAAGGAUCAUGGAGCCUAAGUUUAAAAACUGCUUAAUAACUGUGAAUCUAAUUAAAAUCUUCAUAAAAAAAUUUAAAACAAUGAAAAA